AUGCCUAUAGUCUACAUAUUUAAACACAGAAAGCAUAUGGGUGUUAUAAACCGCUCACCAUGGCUUAUUUUAUUUGGAGCUACAGGAAUUCUUACCACUGUCACUAAUUACUAUAUGGCCUGGGUAGCUAUAGCAUUAAGAGCUUAUCGUUUGAGGAAAGUAUUCGAUUGCUACAAUCAACAUUUGGCACACUUGCAACAAAAAUAAGACCGAUUAGAUGAGAUGGAGUCAACUACUGAAUUGUCUUUUGAAGCAGGAGACACUGAUUAGUAGGGAAUAAGAGUUCUUAAACAGCUAAAGGAGAAAAACUUGAUUGCUUGGGUUAUGCUAAUAUUUAUAUUGCCAAAUUUCAUCCUAGGAAUUAUAGCUAUUUUUGUUCCUUACGUUUAUGUCGCAAUUCCUAUUUAUGAAACCCAGUAAUGCAUGAAGUACUACGGAGAUAGUUUUUUCACAGAUCUUCUAAAAAUCAAUCUUUCUUCUACUGGAUAUUGUGCUAUAUCAGUAUUGAAUAUUUGCACUUUCAUUAUAGUCAAUUGGCUUUAAACACUAGUACUUAUCCUUUUGUUUUAUCGCCUCAGAAAUAUCAAAGAUGAGCUUAACAUUAAGCAAGAAAUAAGAAUAAUCAUUAUCAUUUGGAUUUCAUUUUCUCUAGCUUACUUUAUAACACUGCAAUACUAGCAAUAUCACUAGGAUGAAAAUAAUAAUGCUACUAGGGUUGCUAUCUUCUGCUUCAUAUUACUCAGAAAUAUCGGGUCAGUCUCUGUUUCAACUUAUUUCUGCUAUUUCAUGGUUAAUAACCCAGUACUCUCUUACUCUAAGCCUGAUUACCCUACUUAGUUAUUUGAUUUUGAAGAGGCCAUAUUAGAAAGUGUUCUUCCGUACAAGUAUUUCAGGAAGUUUAUCGAAGAUGAACAACCAGAAUAGCUUCCCUUCUUAUAGAUUUUAGUCUCCUUUAAAAAGCUAAAGACUUUCAAUAGAGCUCUAAAUAAUCAAGAGUACAAUAAUACUAUUGAGAAAGAAUAGCUGGAAACUGAGAGGCAUUAGAUCUAUGAGGAAAUCUAUGUAACUUACAAAGAUAAUCACUAUCUCUUCAGCUAGGAUACUUGUGAUGAAAUAAAAUAAGAUAAUGUAAUAGAACGCAGUAAUUCAAAUAAGAGUUCCAUCAAUGCGGAUUCAAUCACAGAAUUGGAAGUAGAAUAGUUAUUUAAUUUUAGCAAGAUAAAGCUAAGGUAGCUGUAUUAAAGGCAAUUUAUUGGAUCUGAGCUUUCAAAAGUAUUGAUAUAAGAACUUAGUAACAGUAUAAUUGAGUUUAGAUUCUUAUAAACUGCUGGUCUUAUAAACUGA